UUCUUUCAGUCAUCCCGAAUCCGGGUUCAUCCGACACCGGCAGCCACCCCGCAGCGUCCAGGCCGAGCCUCCACCUUCCCCGCCAUGCCGCCCGAGUUUGACCCUGAGGAAAUUAAAGUCGUGUUUUUAAGGUGCACUGGUGGUGAAGUUGGUGCCACAUCCUCUCUGGCCCCCAAAAUUGGUCCCUUGGGUUUAUCUCCCAAAAAGGUUGGUGAUGACAUUGCCAAGGCAACUGGUGACUGGAAAGGGCUAAGGAUCACAGUGAAACUUACCUUUCAGAACAGACCGGCCCAGAUUGAGGUUGUGCCUUCUGCUUCAGCCUUGAUCAUCAAAGCCCUAAAGGAAUCUCCUCGGGACAGAAAGAAGCAGAAAAAUAUUAAACACAGUGGAAACAUCAGUCUCGAUGAGAUCUUCAACAUUGCUGGACAGAUGAGGCACCAAUCCUUGGCAAGAGAGCUCUCUGGAACCAUUAAAGAGAUCCUUGGAACAGCCCAGUCUGUGGGCUGCAACAUUGAUGGCAGGCACCCUCAUGAUGUUAUUAAUGACAUCAAUAGUGGUGCUGUGGAAUGCCCAGCAAGUUAA